AGGCUCAGUGUUUGAAGGUUUGUGUCUAGUACUGAGCUUUAUAUCACAGGGUUAAACAGUCAGUGAGUGCAGGAGGAGGAGGCUCAGUGUUUGAAGGUUUGUGUCUAGUGCUGAGUUUUAGAUCACAUCUGUUCCCGCCGCCUGUGAUGGGAUUAAAUUACUGCAAAUUCUGAGUGAAAGAGGCAUUUACACACAGAGCUCAGUCCCAGCCUGUGCUGUAUCUGUAUGGGCAGGGGGCUGUCUGCUAUCCCCACCCUGAGAUACUCAGUCACCCUGUGACCCCCCCAUUGAUAACACCGGGCACUGCCCCUGCAUGCUGCUUAGGAGUUACAAGCACUGCAGACCGGCAGGCAGCGGGGGGCUGCUGAGAUUGAUGGGAGUCCCAGCCUGGAUCUUUGUGUGCUGACCACUUUCUGGGUCUUUGUCUUGUCAGGAUGCCGGCUGCAGCGGGCGAUGGGCUUGGCGAGUCGCCCUCCAGGUUCCUGGCCGGGGAGAAGCCGCCUCCUCUGCUCCUGGAAGAGAGCUUCCUGCCCCCCUGUGUGAGCAACGUGUCCCGGGACGCCCUCCGCACCUUCCAGCACACCAAGAGGGUGGGCAACUACCUGAUCGGCAGGAAACUGGGGGAAGGGUCCUUCGCCAAGGUCAGAGAGGGUCUGCAUGUGGUCACUGGAGAGAAGGUGGCUGUUAAAGUUAUAGAUAAGAAGAAAGCCAAAAAGGACACAUAUGUGACCAAGAACCUACGCAGGGAAGGCCAAAUCCAGCAAAUGAUUAGGCACCCAAACAUCACCCAGCUUCUCGACAUUCUAGAGACCGAAAACAGCUAUUACCUGGUGAUGGAGCUAUGUUGUGGUGGGAACCUUAUGCACAAGAUCUACGAGAAGAAGAGAUUGGAGGAGAACGAGGCUCGCCAAUACAUCAGGCAGCUGAUUCUGGCCGUGGAACAUCUGCACAGGGCGGGAGUUGUUCAUAGGGAUUUGAAGAUCGAGAAUCUGUUGCUGGACGAAAACAACAACAUCAAACUCAUUGAUUUCGGAUUGAGCAAUUGUGCUGGUAUAUUGGGUUACACGGAUCCUUUCAGCACUCAGUGUGGAAGUCCAGCCUAUGCUGCUCCAGAACUUCUUGCAAGAAAGAAAUAUGGCCCUAAGGUGGAUGUUUGGUCAAUUGGUGUGAACAUGUAUGCCAUGCUGACUGGCACUCUGCCAUUUACUGUGGAGCCUUUCAGCCUGAGAGCUUUGUACCAGAAGAUGGUAGACAAAGACAUGAAUCCUCUCCCCGCCAACCUCUCUCCUGGUGCUGUAAGUUUUCUCCGAUCUCUGCUGGAACCAGAUCCAGUAAAGAGACCAAAUAUCCAGCAAGCGCUGGCCAAUCGCUGGCUGAAUGAGAAUUACCAUGGCAAGGGCACACAUACAGUCACCUACCCCAACAGGAUCCACCUGGAAGACCUUAGUCAGAACGUGGUACUCCACAUGUCAGAGAAGCUUGGGUAUAAACACAGUGAUGUCAUCAAUGUCAUCCUCUCCAACCGCGCGUGUCAUACCCUCACCAUCUACUUCUUACUAAACCGAAAGUUGGAGCGUUACCUAAUAACCAUGAGAAAACCUGACAUUAAUGACAACUUUUGCCCAAAGAGCCCGGUGCAACAAUCUGAGAAGUACAGGCUCAACAAGAACUCCUAUGAGGAGAGAAAGGCUAAGGACCCAGAGAAAAGGUCAGAUCUUCAUCAGAGGGCAGCACAGAAGAAAAUAGACAAAGGAUCUCCCUCCCACCGACAACCAAACUGUCUCAUGAUGCCUGCCCAAAAUUCAAAGGCCCCUCUCAAGGAGAGAAGAUCUUCUUCCAAAUCAGACAGGGAGUCCAUUGGAGGAUUAAGCCCAUUCCAUGAGCUCCGUUUACCUAAAAAGGGAUGUGUAACUUCGUGUUCUCUGGAAUAUUUGGAACUGCAGAGUCCUGAUCCAAGAACCCCCAAAAUUAUGAGACGUCAAGAUUCCCACUCACAGGAAGCUGUGAACAUGAACAUCGGAGGCCGUUUGAGGGAUACACAUCUGAAUGUUGUGCGUUCAUUUGAGUCUGUCAACAGGGAAGACCAAAUCGAAUCCUUAUCUCCCUCUCACCAAUACAGAGUUUUGGGGUCUCCGGUAUCAUUUUCUCCAAGGCACUCAAAUGAAAGAACUCUUUCCCCCAUCUUCCAGUUUGACAACACCACACCGAUGAAAACUCAUUCCAACCAAGCAUCCUUCACCUACGACGACAAAAGCAGCCCUUCUAGUUCCGAAUCUAUGUCUCCCACUUCACCUUAUUCUCCGUCAGGCAAUAACAACAUUCCUGGAAACUUAGGAAGCCCGAACUGUGUACGAAGCAGAGGUAGAUUCCCUAUGAUGGGAAUUGGACAGAUGUUGAGAAAAAGGAGCCAAGUAGUCUCACCCAAAAUGGAAAAACCUCUGGAAUCUAGAAUGCCCCAGUUGCAUCAAAUGAGCCCGGGAUAUGCCAGUUUUAACUCCAGUGAUAAUGUGUUUUGCUAGUGGGACUGUGGUUUUUAUAGCUGUGUUGUCUUGUCUUGGUCAUAUACUCUGAGGGCUAAUUCUUUCAUUACGAGGAAAUGUGUUGCUAUAUCUGUGAAAUUAUGACUUUUCUAAAGCUUCUUCUCAUUACCUUCUAAAACUGGUCCAUGUCAUUCGGAGAUCAGCAUUCUGAAAUUAUAGAAUCCAGUUUACAGCAACAUUCUGACCUAAAGAGACGUUUUAUGUUGUACAUUUUGGGGCAUAAAGACCUUACCUAGCAUCUUAUGCUCUUCACUUGUUGGAGUGUAAAGAACCUCUCAUCUUUCUGAACUGGAACUUGAAGUUCUUUUUGGAGUCUUUAAAACUACUUAAGCUUUUUGGACCAUUCAUAUUUUGUUUUGUUUGUUCUAUUUUGUCAAGCUGCUAAAUCCGGAUUUGUUGCACUGAACUUGUAUCACUUGAUUUCUAUGUUGACUCUGGGAAUGAUUGACCAGUAUGUUGGUUUCAAGUACCAUGAAACCUUGUCAUUUCACACAAUAGCUGAAAAAUGUCCGCAUUUAAUACUGUACUGACCAGGUUAAAUGUCUUCGGGUCGUAUUGUUUAUUCCGUUCCUAUAAAAAUGCAUCCUGCCUGAAAAGCUGUAAGAUAGAAUAGAGGAAAAUAGGCAGACGGUUAUUGUGUUAUUUUUCUGUUCAGUGAGGGGGAGAAUAAGUUACAGGGAUGCUUUGCCAGCCAACAGAUUAGCAAUCACUGUGUUAGUGGAGUGUGUAAGUCAUUACCCUCCUCUGCUUAUUGUGCCCCUUUUGGUACUUGGGAAUUUUGUGGGACAAGCAUUACUCCAGUUUAUUUUAUUAUUGGUAUUGAAUUAGUCCGCAGUAACUUGGAUAUUUAAAAUGUUUUUUUCAACCUUCUGUUACACAUUUUAUAAAAUAUCAAAAUGUAUUUUGGCGUCUGUCUGUCUAUUUUCUUUUGACUGUCUUUUUGAUGUAUGAUCUUCAUGUCAAAUAACAAUCUUUUUUCCAAUGUUUUUAUAUGCUUUUAUCUGUGAUCUUAGGAAGCCAGGAAAAUGGUUGCAUUUAUUCUUCAUUUUUAUCCUGCCGAUGUUUUCCUUAUAAAAUAAUAGGACUCUACGUCAAGUUUGUUACUGCAGUGCCACAAACUGUUGCAUGCAGUAGAUAUAAACCUGUCGUGACACAGAGCUAGACUUAUUACUUUGAAUACUAUACACCUUAAUGUGAAUGAUGCAUCAAUUUCAGUGUCAUGACCGAUGGCUGCAAGUCCUUUGAUUUAAAAAAAAAAAAAAAAAAAAAUGGUUACCUAAUGUCAAGUCAAUUUAUCCAAUUCUGCAGAUAUAUUUUCCCUGAUUUUCUAAACCAGGAUGGCAAACUGCACUUAUUUUCCCACAAUGCUCUGCAAUGCCGUGGUUUAAAGAAUCAUGGGAGUUGUAGUCAAACAUUGUUACCUGAAUAAACAUUCAGGUAUUUGUGGCUUUUCUACCAAUCCCUGGAUUUUCUUAUCCCGAUGACAGACCAUUGCUUCGAUCACCUGCUGCGGUCAUCUAAAAACACCAUAGUUUUCAUGCAGCCAAGGGUCAAGUCUGACAGAAGUCAAAUUCCGCAAAAUAGUAUCAGAAGUUGGCUACCUCGGCUUACAAGCUGUUGCUGUAAAGACACUACCAGUCCAUUCAUAUGGAUCAUUAAAAGGAGUCCUUCUCUCCGUAUCUAGCUGAAUGCAAUAUAAGCCAUACAAUGUGUUUUAAAAGAGAGCAUUUGUGAGGCAAAGUUCUAAAAGUGGAGCAAUCACUAUGGGAACAAAUAUAAUGUUUGUGCUGUUUGCUUAACAUUGUUCUUGAUACAGAACAAUAGUUACAAUACAAUAGUGGAGAAUAGUAUACAUAAAACCUUCAAAUACAACAGCCAAAAGAAUUGUGUUUGAGAAAAGUAAAAAAGAUUGAG